CCAACAUUGUCCAUUACAUUGCAUUCCAACAGAGACAUUUUCUUUCUUUGGUGGCACGUAACGCAUAGCAUAGUACUGACAGCAAUGGCGUAGGCAUCACUUGGCGAGGGACUGCGUACCACCUGUUGCUAGACUUUCUUCACUUCUUUCCCUUUCCCAUUCCUCUCUGUUUCCCCUCGCAACCAUGGCUUCAGUUGAAAAUCCCAAUAUUACUGUGGGUGCUGCUGAGCCACGACACCACCAACGCAGUAAAUCAUCAGUAAUUCGAUCAUUCAUAGGCCAUCGAAAGAACAACUCGGACGGGUCCGGACUACGCUCCCCGCUACUUAUCCCCACCACUUCCUACGUCUCUGGGCCAGAACUGUCUCUUGACAUGGGAAUGCCAGUUUUUACCCAGCAGUCCAGAGCCCUGGGUGAACUGCAACAAAACCAACAGGAUCAGGGAACUCGAUCACCCAAGAAAGCUCAAGACGACAAGCAGCAAUCCCCGACCAAGAGGGCAUUUGCCACUAUGUCGAUGAAGUCACUCGGGGUCAAGGAAUCAGGCAAAGUCCACAAGAGCAGGGACGCCUCCCCUACAAAGCCAAAGAAGGCCAAGUCAUCCACCAACCUUGCUGGCCUGCUAUUGCGUCCAAAGGCAUCCAAGAGCGUGACCAAGUUGACAGACGAGGAAGCCCGAGCCACAAAGGACAAAGAGAACAGAACCCCGCCGAGUUCUCUCGCAAACGACUAUGCGCCCCCGCCUCCAAUCUUUGCCCAAUUCACCAGCCAGCCCCUCCCAUCGCCAACAGUCGACUGCUUGGAUGACCCGUUUGGAAGCCACCCGACCCAAUAUGAAAACCCUGGAGAGGGAGUCAUCAUGAAGCUGCGACCGACGUCAUUCCACCCAUCUCAUGUCCCAAAGCAGGAUAGCAGGGGGUCGCAAUCGAUCGGUUCACGCAGCGGCCGUAUCUGGAAGUCGAAGCAGGGCACGGACAACAAGACCAAGGAGAGGCAGACGGUGGGGAAGGGCGGAACGGGAACGGCGGCGCGGCCCGGUGUGUUCAGCGCCUUUCAGGGGCUUGGGUCUCGGACCAAGUCGGCAGGGUCGGCGAGCACUGAGCCGUUCAUCGACCCCAAGGAUAUCGACAAGCACCUCGAGGCCAUGCUUGAUCGUCGCAACAUCCCAGAGAACCAGAGGUACAAGAUGCGGAACCUGACCGACACCAUCAAGAUGGAGUUCAUCCGUCAGGACUGGGCGGAAACGAAGACGGCCAAGUCGGAUCGGCCGGGCACCAAUGACAGUGAUACGUCAAUGGAAGCGAGCACUGUGGCUACCCCGGACCCCGCGGGUAUCAAGAAGAAGAAACAUCGGAGCCUGACCUUCUCUAAGGCUGGUAGUAGCAAGGGCCUACCUUCUCCUACUAAGAAGUCGAAGCCGGAGGGUACGUUGGGCCGCCACUUCCGGAGCAAGUCCACGGACAGCGUAGUGAGCGACAGGCCUUCCUCGUCGGCUUCGUCAUCCAGCACAGGCAUCCUUUCCAAGGCCAAGGGGCAGCAGAGACCUUUGGAAUUUGUUACGUACCUGCGGAAGGUGCAGAAGCCCGAGAAUGUGGAGGUUGGUAAGCUGCAUAAGCUCCGCAUCCUCCUGCGAAACGAGACUGUGGCGUGGACCGAAGAAUUCAUCCGCCAGGGGGGCAUGAAGGAGAUUGUUGACCUAUUGCAUCGCAUUAUGGAGGUCGAAUGGAGGGAGGAACACGAAGAUGCCCUUCUCCACGAGAACCUCCUCUGCCUGAAAGCACUGUGUACAACCGCCCUCGCUCUGCAGUAUCUCCACUCGAUCCACCAAACCCUCUUCCCGGCCCUGCUUCAUAUGAUCUUCGACCCCGAGAAGAAAGGGCCGAGCGAGUUCACGACCAGGAACAUCAUAACCUCGGUACUCCUCAAGUACAUUGAGUGUGUCUCGGGGCAGGAGCGUCUGUCACGCGCGCAGAGAGUCCUACGCUACCUGCGGGAUCCCGAGGCCAAGGAGGAGGAGCGACCAGUGAGCUUCGUCCUCGAGAUGAGACGGGAUCGGCCGUAUCGAGUCUGGUGCAAGGAGGUGGUCAACGUGACGAAGGAGGUCUUCUGGAUCUUCCUGCACAACCUGAACGUGGUAUCUCUGCCGCCUGUAGGAGGCAAGAAACCAUCAUCCUCGCCAUCCAAGGUCGCCACCACAGCUGAUCAGCCGACCACGCUUACGAGCCAGGGCCCCCCCCUCGAGGGUGGAUCCUCGACGGGGCCAGGCAGCCAAUUCGACUACAUGGGCCGCCAUUUUCCCCAGGAGCGGGCGCCCGUACCCGCGGCCCCGUAUGUCGGUGGCGUCGAAUGGGAGGCGACAAACUACCUCGCCAGCCACCUGGACCUGAUGAACGCGAUCCUCGCCUGCACCGGCCCCACGGCCGAGGCGCGGAACCAGCUGCGGGCCGAGCUGCGCAUCUCGGGCUGGGAGCGCUGCAUGGGCGCCAGCCUGCGACUCUGCAAGGAGAAAUUCUACGGCGCCGUCCACGACGGCCUGCGCACGUGGGUCGCUGCGGCGGCUGAGGACGGGUGGGAUGUCCGCGACGUCAGGUAUGGCCCGCCUCCCGAGAGUCGGAGCGCCUCGCCGGCCAAGAAGGCUGGGGCUGGGGGAGGGCCCGGCAGGAAGAAGCUGGAAGCGGCCCCCAAGCUCGAGAUGCCCAGGCUGGACUUUGCCCUGGACAGGAAGGGGGUUAGUGACGGCCACGGAAACGACAUGUGGCUGUCUUGAACAGGGAUCCCCUCUGAAAUAGAGAUCUCGCCUGCAGGCCCUCUGCAAUGGACGGGGUCUUACAGGCGGGUCGAGGUUAUCCGGACGAGCCCCGCUGUCGUGGGCUAUAUUUGGCUGUGAAUAGAGGCAGGCCGUGAGAUCCGACGGCGCCCGUCCAAUCAAUGGCCCUUGACUAGGAUUUUAAGCUGUUGGUGGCGACUUAAGACGACCUCACCAUCGGAGUUUGGACAAAAAUUGCGUCUAUCACUAUGCGGCCGGAUGUUCUUGUUUCUUCUUGUCUUUGCUGUCGAAGGGGAAGGAAUAUGGGGCUUCAGUGUAUGUCGGUAACCCUGGUCUGGGACGCCUGGAUUUGAUGUUUUCGCUCAUGAUUAUACGGUUUAAUGACAUCCAUGAUUAAUUCCAUGAGAAAGACGAUUUGAUCUGAGAAGGACCUGUCGUGAGUCAGCCCACAAUGACUGC